AUGGGGCUGGAUGAGGCCCUCCGCUUCAUUCGCGUUGCUGCUGCUGCUGCGCCUUUUGCUGCUGAACCGCAGAAGGAACAGCAGCAGCAGCAGCAGCAGCAGCAAAAACAGCAGCAGCAGCAACGGCAUCGUAUUAAGCAGCAACGGCAGCAACAGCAGCAGCAGCAGCAGCAGCAGCAGAAGCAGCAGAAGCAGCAACCCUGGUACAACCAGGUUUCUCUGUCUCGUCGCUACGGCUUGCAGGAGAUAGAGAUGCAGGAGAAACGGCAGCAGCAGAAGAGCAGCGCGGAUGCAGCAGCAGCAGACAGCAGCAGCAGCAGCAGCAGCAGCAGCAGCAGCAAUAUAUCCCCCAGCGAGGCUUGGCUGCUGCAGCGCAUGCAGCGGUUCCGCGUAACAAACAAAAUGAUAGAGACACUCGAAGCAGCUUAUAAAGAAAGAAGGCCAUGCAAGCUAUGUAUAGAACCAGGUAAACCUGCUGCUGCUGCUGCUGCUGCUGCUGCUGCUGCUGCACUUGCUGCUGCUGCUGCUGCUGCACUUGCUGCUGCUGCUGCUGCACUUGCUGCUGCUGCUGGUGGUGGUGCUAUACCUGAUGCACUUGCUGCUGCACUACGUGCUGCAUUUGCUGCUGAUGCUACUGCUCUACCUGCUGCACUUGCUGCUGCUGCUGCUGCUGCUUCUCUAGCUGCUGCACUUGCUGCUGCUGCUGCUGCUCUUGUAAGUGUUUAUCUGCUGUUGCUGCUGCUACUCUUCUAG